AUGUGGCUGUGCGCGGUGGCGGCGGCCGCGCUGCUGGCGCUGCUCCUGCUGCGCCGCUGGCACCGGGAGCGGCAGACGGUGCCGCGGCUCCCGGAGAAGCACGUGCUGAUCACGGGCUGCGACAGCGGCUUCGGGAAGCUCCUGGCGCGGCAGCUGGACCGGCGCGGGCUGCGGGUGCUGGCCGCCUGCCUGACGGAGAGCGGCGCCGCGCAGCUGCGGGCCGGCACCUCCGAGCGGCUGCAGACCGUGCUGCUGGAUGUCACCUGCAGCGAGAGCAUCGCCCGCGUCACCGCCUGGGUGCGGGAGCGAGUGGGGGAUCAAGGGCUCUGGGGGCUGGUGAACAACGCAGGCAUCGGCAGCCCCACGGCCCCCAACGAGUGGCUGAGCAAGGAGGACUUUGUCAAGGUGCUGGACGUCAACCUGGUGGGGCUGGUGGAGGUGACCCUGAGCCUGCUGCCCCUGGUGCGGCGGGCGCGGGGCCGCGUGGUCAACGUGGCCAGCGUGAUGGGCCGCCUGUCCUGUUUCGGCGGAGGCUACUGCAUCUCCAAAUUCGGCGUGGAAGCCUUCUCUGACAGCCUCAGGCGGGAGCUGCGUCCCUUCGGGGUUCAGGUCUCCAUCAUCGAACCUGGAGGCUUCCAGACCGGAAUAAUCGACCCCGGCCCGCUGGUGAAGGGCUUCGUUCGCCUCUGGGAGCGGCUCCCUGCAGAAACCCAGGCAGCCUACGGCCGCCACUACGUGGACAAAUAUGCCAGGAGCACCGCGCUGCUGCACCGCCUGAGCAGCUGCCGCCUGUCGCCUGUCACCGAUGCCAUGGCACACGCGCUGCUGUCCCGCUGUCCCCGCAGCCGCUACGCCGCGGGCUGGGAUGCUCGGCUCAUCUUCCUCCCCCUCAGCUACUGCCCGGCCUGGCUGUCCGACGCCAUCAUCGGCUUCUUCCUGCCCAUCCCGGCCAGCGGGGUCCCCUGA